AUGGCUUUCGAUAAGUUUCAAUUGUACGGUUUGCUCAGUUGGUUUAUGAUUCUGAAUGGUCUGCAUCAUUUCUAUUUCAAUGUGAAGUCACAUAGGCUAAUUACCUGUGUAAUGACAUCCUGCAUACACAAAUGCUGGGAACGUAAAAUGAGUUUAAAGAAGGUCAUGAAAAAAUUGGUGUUUCUGGAAAAGCAAGAAUUUACUGGCUUUAAAAGUGGACCUAAAUUACGUUUACGUUGCUAUAUGAAAAGCCUGUUUGUGGUCAUAACUCUAAUAAGGAUACACUUCUUCUAUCCCACAUAUAUGAAGAGAUUUUCAAAGGAUUUGUAUAUAUUGGACAUUUGUUCGUAUUGGUUACUCUACAAUAUGCUACUAGCUGAGGUAUUUGCAUAUUAUUGCGUUUUGUGGCAAACAUGUCGAGGAUUUUAUAUACUUAAUCUUCAACUCUCAGUAAGCAGAAGGAAGAAGAAACUUUUAAAACUCUUGCAAAUCUAUGGAAAGUUACUAAAACUAAGUAAACAAAUGAAUGAAGUAUACGAAUAUAGUGGAGUGUUUGGAUGUGCUUCCAAGUGUUGGUAUCAAAUUGCUUUUGGCUAUGAAAUAUUUGUCAUUCUGGCAUUACCUAAAUCCUCGUUUAAUGCUAAAUUAAACAUGGCCAUGAAGGUGUUUAUUAUCUUGACUUUUAUUCUUGAUGCGAUUAAUUUAUAUUUGGCCACAGACUUGGCUGAUGAAUUUAAUAAACUGAGAGAGCAAACCAGACGCAUUUUAAGGGAAAGCAGACAAUUCAAUAGAUUGGUAUCAAUUUUCAGUCUUCAAUUGUGUUUAUAUCCCGAACGUGUGAUGUUUCUCAAUGUUUUUGCCUUUGAUCGUCGUCUGACGUUUACUUUGUUAACUAAAUCGCUUUUGUUCACAAUUUGUUGGUUACAAGGCGAUUAUGCGAAACUUAAGGAAUAGUCGAGAGCCAACUUUGACUUGGACGUAAACGUGGUCUUGGCAUCUAGUUAAUAUGCACAAACUUUGUUGCCAGCUAAUUAAGACACUCAAAGGCACAAAAGUUUCCACUCAACAAAACACACAGCAACACACAGCACCACACACACAUACAGAAAGACAAAGCGCACAUCA